AGAUGCUAGGAAAGUCACUUUUUGUUACUUUGUUUCUCAAAUAGCCUAUCCCGCGUGUCUGUAUCGACUUUGAAUUCCAGACGCUUAAGAUUUCUGCUCACCGGUGACUAGUGACAGAAGAAAAGGAAUUAAGAUCAUCCAAAAAUGAAUUGUUUUCAUUUAGAUGACUUCCUUGCAGGGUGGAUUGGAGGAGCGUCCAGUGUUAUUGUGGGUCAUCCGCUGGACACAGUCAAGACUCGUCUUCAAGCUGGCAAAGGAUACAAGAACACCCUCCACUGUGUCCUCCAAAUCUACAGAAAGGAAACUGUUGCUGGCUUCUUCAAGGGUCUCUCCUUCCCCCUGGCCAGCAUCACUGUGUAUAACUCAGUGGUGUUUGGGCUCUUCAACAACACACAGAGGGUUAUAAGCAAAUUCCGCUAUGGUGACGGGAGGCAGCCGUGUGGUAUGUUGGACCUGACCCUGGCCAGCAUGUUGACUGGGCUGAUGUCAGUGGGCCUCGGAGCACCGGUCGACCUGGUUAAGAUCAGACUGCAGUUGCAGACUCUGCCCUGUCUAGCAGAGAACCUGAACAUUGCCGGGACGACCGGAAACGGUAACGGUAACAUCGCUGUGCGCUCCGUGACUCUCCAGGGCCAGCCGACCUACAGGGGGCCCAUCCACUGUAUCAGCUCCACACUGCAGACGGAGGGGAUCCAGGGGCUCUACAGAGGGGCCGGGGCCAUGGUCCUGAGAGACGUCCCUGGGUACACGCUGUACUUCAUCCCCUACGCAUUGUUCCGUCGCUGGCUAUCCCCUGAAGGGAGGUCGUCACCUCAUCCCUGUUCUAUAUGGCUGUCUGGAGGACUGGCAGGUUCUAUCUCGUGGGUCACAGCUACUCCAGCUGACGUGGUGAAGAGCAGAUUACAGGCGGACGCCCUCCACACAAGGAAAUACAGAGGGAUUGUACACUGCAUAGUCCAGAGCUACAAGGCCGAGGGGAUACAUGUCUUCUUCCGCGGAGCCUCGGUGAACGCUAUCCGAGGCUUCCCCAUGAGUGCCACCAUGUUUCUGGGCUAUGAACUCUCUCUGCAGUUCUUCAGGGGUCUCUAGUGUCUACACCGGUAAUACACAGCAAUAUGAUAGAGUACAGUAUGUCCACUGAAUGAAACAUUAUCUUGACAGCUAUCCUCAUGUCCUUGGACACCUCAAAGGUUUCACCUGGAAAAUUAUUUGAAUCCUUGCAGAAUCAAAGUGGGGAGCAUCUAGUUGAGAAUUAUCUGCACUAUUUCCAUAAUACAAGGUAUUUGUAAAGUGUAACUACUAAUUUCUUAUACUAAGAAAAUAUCUUGUUAAAAGUGCCUUACAUUAAUUGACAAAUGCAUACAUUUAAAUAUGUUGUGCUAUAAUAUAAAGUAACAGUAUGCUUAAUGUUUUGAGCUCUACUGCUCUAAAUCAACUAGUAAUUAGUACCCAACAGUUAACCAGUUCUAACCUCAGUAAUGAUACGCACAUUAAUCAUUAUAUUUUAUGUUGGUGCCAGGCUUUUAAUUCGUGUUUUUAAAGUGUUUUAUCUUUGUGAUUUGUAAAUAAGUAUGAGAGAAAUGUAAUGCCAUUCCAUGAGGAGGCAUAGUUUUGUACAUAAUUUGUUCUUACAGUUAUUUUAAUGUGAGUUUAUUUGGAAUUCUUGUUACAGACUGUUUUCUGUGCAGUUUUACUUGGAAAACCUAAUAAACAUAUUGUUAAAAAAAAAUC